UGCCGGGGAAACGGCGUACCAAGGGUACUACGGAAUUGUGCCGGUGGACUAAGAAACUCCCGCCAUUUCGACAAGGAAUUAACCUCUUGAUUGAACCAGGUUACUUUUUAGUAAGAAUUACUAACGCAGUGUUCCGCUACCAGGACGUUCUGGCUCAACGAAGAUGCAACAAAGACAAUUGUUUAUGCAAGGACAGGCCUAGUUUACAAGACUUGGAUUGUACAGCGCGCCAGACCUGCUGAACUGAGCUUUGGCUAUUGCCGCGAGUUUGAUUUCGGGGUGGCUUGUACUCUUUCAUGUCCAUCUGGAGAAGCUAAAAGUUUCUCAGCUGUCCAGAGAAACAAGUCCAGCAACAUCAUAUAUCUCAGGCAUUGCAUGAAACCGAUGUGACAACGGCACCAAAGGAGAGGACAAGGAUGCGAUGAGGCAGGUGGCGAGAAGCGCACUGUUAUUGUUUUGCAACGACAUAGCAAACCAGCCUACUAGCUAGUCGGCUAACUAGCUGCUACACGUUGAGAGCCGGGCCUGCCGGCGGUAACGUGAGACGUGCUAUCAUUAGGCGGUAACACUUGGGACACUUGGAUACAUGCUAGGGUCAUAUUGUUGUAUAUCACUACACUAGUUUGUUGCUUGGAGGUUUAACUUUUCUGUUGGUACCAGUGCCAUUUGUGGAUUUACAAUGGCGCCGCUUUUGGGCCGGAAACCUUACCCACUGGCUAAACCGCUAGCCGAGCCACCAGGCCCGGGAGAGGAGAUCUACAUCAUCGAGCACACCAAGGAGGCCUUCAGGAACAAAGAAGAGUAUGAGGCACGCUUACAGAGAUACAGUGAGCGUAUAUGGACAUGUAAGAGCACUGGAAGCAGCCAGCUUACACACAAAGAAGCAUGGGAGGAGGAACAAGAAGUCACUGAACUACUUGAGGAGGAGUAUCCCCAGUGGUUUGAGAAGCCAGUCCUGGAGAUGGUCCACCACAAUACUGUGUCUUUAGACAAACUAGUUGAAAUGGCCUGGUUGGAAAUCCUCACCAAGUAUGCUGUUGGAGAAGAAUGCGAUUUUCUGGUGGGGAAGGACAAAAGUCUACGAGUGAAGGUGAUUAAAAUUCAUCCUUUAGAAAACCCAGAGGGUGAGACAGGGGAGAAAAAGCUUGAGGGUGCCUGUGACUCUCCAUCCAGUGAUAAGGAGAACGCCAGCCAGGAGAAUCAGCGAAAGGAACCUCCUAUCCGAGAGGAGGAGAACAGGAGGGAGAGUCUGAGUGACAGAGCUCGGCGAUCUCCAAGAAAACUUCCCACUGCCAUGAAAGAGGAGAAAAAGAAAUGGGUGAUGCCAAAAUUUCUUCCUCAUAAGUAUGACGUGAAGCUCAUCAGUGAGGAUAAGGUGAUCAGUGAUGUCCCAUCAGACAGCCUUUUCAGGACUGAACGACCUCCAACCAAGGAAAUUAUGCGCUAUUUCAUCAGGCACUACGCUCUGAGGUUGGGCAAGGCAGAGAGUGCCCCCUGGGUGGUUGAGGAUGAGCUAGUGAAAAAGUUCAACCUACCCAGCAAAUUCAGUGACUUCCUUCUUGAUCCACACAAGUUCUUGGCUGAGAAUCCCUCUGCAAAGCGUAAGAGCUUGUCAUCUCCUGAGGGUAAACCUAGCAAGAAGCUUAAAACUCAAGACACACCAGGGGAGGAUUCAGGAAACGAGAAGGUAGAGAAGAAAAGAAAAAAGAAGAAAGAUGCUCUCAGCAUGUCCCUCAGUCCCACUAUUUGGGGCCACAUGCAGAAAAUAAAUAUGAAUGGUUCUCCACUCAAGGUAAAAAACUCAGGAACUCCAAAGAAAGGAGACGGCAAGAGCACGGCUCCCUCCACUCCAAAAUCAGGCAAAAAAUCAGCAGACAAAAAAGAGGGAAAGAAAACUGGAAAGACUGGGGAUAAGAAUGUCCUUAAAGCAUCUAAAAAAGAUGGUAAAGCCGGUCCUAAGAUGAAACAGAUGACUCUGCUCCAUCUGGCUAAGAGCACUCCUGCUGGAAGCCCUAAGAAGAGAGCCAGAAGUUCUAGCUUGGGAACGCCAAAACUUGGGAAGCCAUUGCAUCCCAUGGCUCUCCAUCUUCUUCGCUACUAUAAAGAAAACAAGGACAAAGAAGACAAAAAGAAUUCCCUUUCUGGUCUCAUUGCUAAGGCUGCUAAGACAUUGUCCUCUGAUGACCGGGGUCGCCUGCCGGAGGAGCUCAGGGAAAUGGUGCAGAAACGCUGGGAGCGCCUAGAGGAAAAGAAACGCUGGGCAGCCAUGACUGAAGAAGAAAAACAGGAAGAGAUGAAUAAGAAACGUCAGAAACUGCGAGAGAAGGCCAGGGAGAGGCGUGAAAAAGAGAUGCUUGUUCGACGUGAACAAUCACGUAGAUAUGAGGACCAGGAGAUUGAAGGUGGCAAGACCCUGCCGGCAUUCAAGCUUGUGGACAUGCCUGAAGGGCUUCCAAACACUCUCUUUGGGGACGUAGCUAUGGUGGUGGACUUUCUCCACUGCUACGCAGGGCUGCUAAUGCCAGAAGACCAGUAUCCCAUCACAGCAACAGCCCUAAUGGAAGCGCUGGCUGGAGACCGAUCUGGUUUCCUCUACCUGAACCGUGUGCUGGUAGUUCUCCUGCAGACACUGCUACAGGAUGAGCUGGCUGAAGGUUACAGUGAGCUAGAUAUGCCUUUAUCAGAGAUCCCUCUUACCAUGCAUUCUGCAUCAGAACUUGCACGACUGUGUCUGCGUCCGUGCGAUGCCCACGGCGAAGAGAGUGUCCAGGGCUCAGAGGACUCUGGGGCCGUAGGCGGCUUUGAUGAUGUGGUUACAAGUGAAUUUUUGGAGAAGCUGGAGACAAUUGAAGUGUUUGAGCUCAGUCCAGAGGAGAAGGUCAACCUUCUAGUGUCACUUUGUCACCGCAUCCUCAUGACCUACUCAGUGGAAGACCAUGUUGAUGCGAUGCAGCAGCGAUCUGCUGAGCUGUGGAAGGAGCGUCUGGCUAUGCUCAAGAUGGUCAAUGAUCGCAAGAGGGCUGAAAGGAAAAAGCGCAAAGAGAUGGAAGACAAAGUCAAAGAGGAGGGUGGCACACCCAAAGAAAAGAAAAAAGAGGGUGGUGCUAAGAAGGAGAAGGAAAAGGAGAACAAAAAUGAAGUCAAAGUGGAGCCUGAGCCAGAGGAUAUGAUCAGCUCGGUGAAGAGCAGGCGGCUGAUGUCCAUGCAAGCCAAGAAGGAGAAAGAGGAGUUGGACAGGCAGAACAAAGAACGAAUGGAGAAGGAGGCUGAAGAGGAACGAGCACGUAAACAAAGGGUCGCUGCAGAAAGGGCCUUUCAGGAUGGUGUAACCAAAGCCAAACUUGUAAUGCGCAGGACCCCACUGGGAACAGACAGAAGUCAUAACAGGUACUGGCUGUUCUCUGAUGUGGUUCCUGGGCUGUAUAUUGAGAAAGGCUGGGUACAUGAAAGCAUCGACUACAGCUACACCCCUCCACCUCCUCCACCCGAAGAAAAACCAGCACCAGAGCCUGAGGUAGAAGAGGAUGAAGAUACUGGCUCAGCUAUUACUCAAGAUUCUGCUACUACACAAGCUGAAAAGGACGAUGGCAGCAUAGAUGGUGCUAUUAGUGAAGGAGCCCAGCAGGGAGCAGCACCGGAGGUCUGCAUAGAAACUACUAUUCCUAAGCAAGGACAAAACCUCUGGUUUGUAUGCGAUAAUCCAGCUGACUUGGAUGAACUGGUGGAGAGUCUUCAUCCUCAGGGAGUUAGAGAGAGCGUACUGAAAGCAAAGAUACAAAACAGAUACCAGGAUAUCCUCCACUCCAUCCAUCUGACCCGUAAGGGGAAGACUGGCCUCAGGACCUGUGAUGGCUAUGAAGAGCUGCUCAAAUACAUGCGCAGUGACAUCCAGGAGAUAGCCUCACGACUCCAGAAGGGAGGCCUGGGAUACAUGGAUGAUAACACAGACAUUGGAGAACAGCUGAAGGACAUUGAGAGCCUGAAAGAGUUUGGUGAGUGCAUCAUCACCAUUCAGGCCUGUGUCAUCAAAAAGUUCCUGCAAGGAUUCAUGGCCCCUAAGCAGAAAAAGAAGAAAAAGCAAGGAGGCGAGGAAAGCAGCAAGGCUGAGGAGGUGGAUGAGGAGAAGAGGCUGGCAGAGGAGGCCAGGGUGGCUACAGCUGUAGAGAAGUGGAAGACUGCUAUCAGAGAGGCCCAGACAUUUUCGCGGAUGCAUGUGCUACUGGGAAUGUUGGACGCUUGUAUUAAGUGGGAUAUGUCUGCAGAGAACGCUCGCUGCAAAGUCUGCCGCAGGAAAGGUGAUGACGAGCGGCUCAUCCUCUGUGACGAGUGCAACAAGGCCUUCCAUCUGUUCUGCCUGAGACCGGCAUUGUACCGUAUUCCUGCUGGCGAGUGGCUGUGUCCGGCCUGCCAACCCACCAUAGCCAGAAGAGGCUCCCGGUCAAGGAACUAUAACCAGGACACAGAAGAAGAAGAUGAAGAAGAGGAGUCUGAAGAGGAGGAUUCUGAUGAAGAUGAUGAGGAGGAGGAUGAAGAAGAGAAUGACUACACGGCCAUGGGCCACAGCUUGAGAUCAAGGAAGAAAAUUAAGCAGUCCUCCUCCCGGCAGAAAAGUUCAAAAAGUAAAUCUAAGAAGCCAUCAUCCUCAAGCAGCAAGCAGAGAGGUGGUCCCAACAGCCCUGCGGACAUUGACGAACUGGUGCGGCAGACUACCCAAACAGGAGUCCGCAGGCAGGUGUUGGAACUGGAGAAAUGUGAGGAAAUCUUGAAGAAACUGAUGAAAUUUCGUUACAGCUGGCCUUUCAGGGAGCCUGUGUCUCCAGAAGAGGCAGAGGACUACCUGGACAUUAUCUCACAGCCCAUGGAUUUCCAGACAAUGCUGGGAAAGUUCAGCCAAGGGUCAUAUCGCAACAACCAGGACUUCCUAGAAGACAUGAAACUGGUCUUCUCCAAUGCAGAAGAGUACAAUCAGCAGGGUAGCACUGUGCUCUCCUGCUUGGCCAAGACGGAGCAAACAUUUACUGAGCUCCUUCAAAAGCUGCUGCCUGGCCUCAGCUACCUCCGCAGGCGCUCACGCAAACGUGCCUACCAAGCACCUGCAACAUCUGAGGAAGAAGAAGAGGAGGAUGAGGAUGAAGAAGAAGAGGAAGAGGAGGAACCACAGAAGAAGAUGCAGAAUGGAAAAUCAGACAAGAAGAAAAGUAAAAAUGGCAGGGCACAGAAAUAUGAGGAGAGCGAGAGUGAGGAGGAUGAGGAGGAGGGGAGUGGCAAGAGGAGGAGUAAGCGGACCUCUGGAACCUCAGGCAGAAAGGAUUACAAGGAGCAGGAAAGUGAUGAUGAGCGGGAUAGCCGCAGAACUCGGCAGCGGGGGGGCCGGGGCGAUGCUGGGGGAGCGAGUAGUGACGAGGAUCGGUCCAACCAGCGACAUUCCAAGCGACUGAAACGCUCGUGAAGUUUAGGGUGCUUUUUGUUAUUUUGUCGUCUCUUUGCUUUAAAAUUUCAGUCCCGCACUUCUGAAAACGAUCAAGAGCCCUUCAUCGCCUCCUCUUCGACAGCCAGCGGGACUUAAUCCUCAGAAGGACUUUUUGUGUUAUUGAAUUUAUGUUCAUAUUUUGAAAUAAGACAAAAGAAAACUGAUUUAUAUUUGUAACAUGUUUAAUAUCAGUGGUGUUUUUUUCAACCAAGAAAUUUGAAACAUUUGAAAUAAUGGAGAAUUCCUCAAAGCUCUUAAGACACUUUGAUUAGAAUUUCAGUUCCAGGUUGACAACCUCACACAAGUGUAAUUUGUCUUGAAAUGCUGAAAACAUUGUCAUGUGGACUGCUUUGUUUAAACAUUGCUUUGUCACUCCAGACACCAGUACAUUGUGAUCCUGUCUUAACCCUCCACAUGCACUCGAAGUCCAACCAUCACUUUUAAUUACGAGGGUUAAACAUAGGUAACCCCACAGUAAAAUGUCUGUCACCCACCCACACCUGCCACAGUCCAGUGUGUUGUCAGUAAGUACUUUUAAAGAGAUGGUGUUAUUGUAGCUCAAACCCCCUGUGCAGACAGAAAUACUUCUUGAUAUAAAUGUGUAUCCUCCUCCAAAUUGCUCUUUCUAUGUAGUACCAUUUUAUCUUGGUCAAAUGCAAGUUUAUAGACAAACAUGAUAGGAUUUUACUAGUUAGUCUUUUGUUUUUAAGCCAAGUCUCACUAUACAGAAUCACAAAGAACACUCAACUAUUUUCAUUGAUUCUCAUGCUAAAAAUGAGCAUCAUCUCAGCUUUUGGUGUCCAGCUGUUUUCAAAAUCUUGGACCUGACUUUUCUUGGAGUCCUGUAGUCGGUGUAGAACUGACCAGCCUCUCUGCUCUGUAGUGCCCUGCCACUUUAAAAGAACCGGUACCUCAAUGCUCCGCCAGUUUGCACUCCUUUUUGUGUAAAGUGCAUCUAAUAUGCCAGCAGGACCACACUUUACAGAAAUGAUGUGCAUAAACAUUUGUAAACAGUGUUUAAAACAGCAGAUGUGAUGUUUGUUAACAAAAUGGGCAUUUUGAAUAUUUGAUAUUUUUUGCACAUUUUAUUUGGUAUUGUAAAUUAAACUUGUUAGUUGAACUUAGUCACAUCCACUAAAUUUGUAACCAGGGCUCUUCUGGUCAAUGCAGAGAACAUGUCAGGACACUUUUGUUUUACUUUUGUCUCAGUAGAAAUGGUUUAAUUUGUCAGCGGUGUAUUUAAUCACACCUAAAGCCUUCUGUCACUUGUUUAUUGACUUAACAGGCUUAGUUAAGUGAAACCAGCUCCUUAGAGACAAAUUAAACCCCCCGCAUGUCCUGGCAAAGUCACCAGGUGGUGCUCUACCCCUGCACUUUGAGUCAUUUUUCUUUUCUUUUUUUUUUUUUCCCUAAUGGGUAAUGUACUGACAUCACUGUAAACACAACACCUGACAGUGAGAUUUAAACAGUCCUGGUGAGUUUUGGCACUUGAUUUGUAUUUAGUAUAAAGACACACUGGGCAGGAAAACUGCUACAGCUAAAUGCUUGCAUCGGCACCUAUUUAAGGAAGCAUUUGUACCUCGUGACCAUGUGCAGAUGUUUCUUUUGUAGAUCUGAGGCUGUAUAUACUGAUGAGGCUGGUUUGCCCUCUUCUGUUUGUACUGUGCUGUGCUGUUUUCCUGUGUUUCUCUAGUGCUGUUAACAUUUAGUAUUUUCUGAUUUCAUUCGGCUCCUGAUUUCUUCCCCUCAUGUUUUUUUUUUUUUGCUUUGUUCCUGACCUGAUUUAAGAUGAUAAUUGUUGAUCAUUUCAGCGAACAAGCAAAAGUGACUGCCCCUCUCUAAAUGAGACCUGACUGUAAAUGCUUUCUUUAUUAUUGAAGGAACUGCAAAACUCUUUUACACUUCCUUUUUUAUAUAUAUAUUUAUAGUCUCUAAAUCUGGGUUUGGGCAGGGUCGGAGGAUUCACAUGUAAAGAAUUUCCAAUAAAGGCUAUGGAUGAACAAUGCAGUUCUCCCUGUUUAUUUUGUUUGGAGCUGACAUCACUGCCAUCUGUAAACCUGAUAAUGAACGGGGGUGAGAGCGGGUCGGGCUGUGACCACCGACCAAUGUCUUCUUUACUUUUUAAUAAAAUAUCAAACAUGUUU